ACGAUUCGCUGAUCCAGUUUCGAUUUAGAUUUGAUUUGUAGCAGUCGAUGCAGAGACUGACUGAGUCGGAAAUGUGAAUAAUCGCUUUCAAUACCAUCAUUUUCAAAAUGUAUCUCAUAGUGUUACUCGUUUUUUAUUUUUCACAUCACGCCCAAGUCCAAAGCCUGUCGGAAUGCUUUUUCCAAAAAACAUGCGUUCAAUGUUUGGAUGCCAACUUUGACUGCGCGUGGUGUACGGAUGAGAACUACGGAAUGUUUAAGUCCCGCUGCCUGACGGUGGAGCAACUGAAGGCUUCGAACUGUUCCGCGUCGAAAAUUGAAACCAACGCGAACUUCAGCAACCUCCGCAUUGUCGAAGACAAACCGCUACGAGAUUUCGAUACCGACAAACUCGAGGCCAUCCAGAUCGGUCCCCAGAGGGUGCAGAUAAAGCUUGGCAAACUCGAAGCACAUAAGUUCAACUUCACAUAUAGACCGGCCAGGAACUACCCCCUGGAUUUGUACUAUCUGAUGGACCUGACCUGGUCGAUGAGAGACGAUCGUGAUACGCUGAUCAACAUGGGAGACAAGUUGGCCAAAGCUUUGGCUAAUCUGACGGAAAACUAUCGGCUAGGGUUCGGGAGCUUCAUUGACAAACCCAUUAUGCCGUUCAUUCAAACUGAACCCCAUAGGGUGGAGAAUCCCUGUAGUACGGAACACGAUGUCUGCGGACCUACCUACGGGUUCCGACAUCGUUUGGAAAUAACACAGAAUAUUGAUAAAUUCAUCGAGAGGCUGAAGACGAGUAGCGUGUCCGCCAAUCUGGACAAUUUGGAAGGUGGUCUGGAUGCGUUGAUGCAGGUUCUGGUAUGCAAAGAACGUAUCGGAUGGGGUGAAAACACGAGGAAAAUUGUGAUCUUGGCAACCAACGGGUUCAUGCAUAUGGCUGGCGAUGGACUGUUGGCCGGAAUCACCGAGCGGAAUGAUAAAACAUGCCAUCUUUCUGAAACUGGUGAAUACACCGGAACGCUACUCUACGAUUAUCCGUCGCUGGAGGAGAUUUAUAGAGUUCUGAUGAAGUCUAAAAUAGCAGUUAUUUUCGCCGUCACGGAAGAACUUCAAGAUUAUUAUAAAUCGUUGCAGGGGUUGAUAGAGGAUUUUGCCAGCGUAGGAUUGCUUCAGGAUGAUUCGUCCAAUAUAUUGCAGUUAGUUGACACAGGGUACAAGAACUUCGUACGUCGGGUAGAGUUUAUCCAUGAUGCUCCAAGUUUUUUGGACAUAACAAUGCGCACGACAUGCGGAGGAAUCUACCAAAGCAUGCAGCACACUGACGAGUGUGAUAAUAUUGAAAUUGGCAAAGAAUAUAUUUUUGAAGUGGAAAUACGUUUAAAAGACUAUCCACCCGAACAAAUGUCGAAUCUAACCGUUAGGAUUGAGGAGGUUCUGCUUAGUAAUGAAGCUGUUGAGCUUGAAAUCGACAUUCGAUCUACCUGCCAAUGCGAACGGGAAGAGGAUUCAUCCAAGGACAGUGAGUAUUGCAGAGGCAACGGAGAUUAUCAAUGUGGGAUGUGCAACUGCAACGCUGGAUGGAUUGGUAAAACGUGUGAGUGUGAUUUGAAAAACUUCGAUAGCAACGACGAUCUGCUCAACCAGUGUAGGGGAGAGACGGAGUACGACGAGCCGGGACCGAUCUGCUCCGAUCGGGGCGAAUGCCAAUGUGGACUGUGUCUAUGCAAUCCUGGAUUCACUGGAGAGCACUGCGAGUGCACUGAAUGUAUACCAUUAUUCGGCCUGAUCUGUAGCGGUCACGGGGACUGUGAUUGUGGAGCGUGCCGCUGUCACGAGGGUUGGGACGGCGACGACUGUGAGUGCACAACCGAUCAAACCGGAUGUCGAGCCCCGCACAAAAAGGAGGAAAUCUGUUCCGGCCGGGGAGACUGUGAGUGUGGCGAGUGUCGCUGCAAUGGGUCCUAUUUUGGACCUUACUGCGAGGUGGAACCUGGAGCAGAAUCGGAACUUUGUUCCUAUUACGAGGACUGCGCCCGGUAUUCCGUUUACCAGCAGUUGGGCAAGGAGUUUGCGGUUAUGGGCGAAGAUUGUAAACGGAAGUUGGGUCUCUACAGUGCAGAGUUUUUCGACAUGAUAGAUGAAACUCUCAACUGCACUGUUCGAAUCACAAACGACGAUCUAACAUGUGACUUCAAAUACACUUACGGCUUCUUGGAUGACAAGCAAACGAUCUUGAAGAUACUCAAACAAAGUUGCACCCAGAUAAACGUUGCAGCGUCGUUUGCUUGGAUAGCGGCAGCCACUGUGGUAGUGGGACUAACUGGAGUUCUAUUAUAUAGAGGGUGCAUUGGUUACAAAGAUAAUCUAGCAUACAAAAAGUUUGAAGAGGAACAGAAUAAGCAAACUUCUUAUCACAUGGAGAGCCCACUGUACAAGUCACCGAUUUCUAAAUUUUCCGUUCCCAAAGAAAUGGCCGAAAGCGAAUUCAAGUGAUCGAGUGGAAGAGAUAGAGAGAGCUAGGGCGAAAACGCCUGACAGUAGGCAAUCGCUAUAAGUAUGGCUUACAGUCGUUCUUCUGAUUGA